AAGCUAUUCUCCAACUGAGAGGAACAGGAGCAUCUGAAGUACUUGAAACUCAGGCUGAUCUUCCAUUCGGUACAAAAUGAUGCUGAAAGAGGUGGUGUUGGUCUUCGCUCUGUUUGCACACAGUUGCUUCAGUGCACCGACAAUUCCCCUGCCCAUAACAUUCCCUGGGGAGCAGAAUGUGACUGACAUUGAGAAGGCAAUGAUUUACCUUCAAAGGUUUGGUUACGUGAAUUUACAAGGGACAGACACCGCAAUGUUUAGUCUAAAAUCUGCCAUCAUAAAGGCACAAAGAAACUUAGGUCUGCCCGAAACAGGAGAAUUUGAUCCCUCCACACUCAGUGCCAUGAAACGGCCACGCUGUGGGGUCCCUGAUGUCCUGAGCUACAAGACGUUUGAUGAUAAAAUUUGGGAGCACACCAAUUUAACUUACAGAAUACAAACGUAUACCCCCGAUUUGGAUCCAUCGGUUGUUGAUGACGCAAUCGCUCGUGCAUUCAAAGUGUGGAGUGAUAUCACUCCGUUAACCUUCGCUAGAGUUUAUGGUGGAGAACCAGACAUCAUGAUUAAAUUCGGCAGAGAAUGGCAUGGAGAUCCAUAUCCAUUUGAUGGAAAGGAUGGUCUGUUGGCACAUGCCUACCCACCUAUGAAAGAUGUGUAUGGUGACCUGAGCGGUGAUGCGCAUUUUGAUGAUGAUGAAUUCUGGACCUUGGGAAAAGGAGCAGCGGUUAAAACUCAUUUUGGAAAUGCCAAUGGAGAUUUCUGCCACUUCCCCUUUACAUUCGCUGGGAAGACAUAUAAGGCCUGUACUUUGGAUGGAAGAAAUGACGGAUAUGCUUGGUGUGCCACUACCCCAGACUUCGAUAAAGACCAGAAGUAUGGAUUCUGCCCACAGGGAUUGCUUUACACCUUUGAUGGAAACAGUGACAGUUCACCUUGUGUGUUCCCUUUUGAAUUUGAUGGAAAGAGUUAUGAUCAAUGUACAUCAGAGGGUCGUAAUGAUGGCCUCAAAUGGUGCGCAACCACCAGCAACUAUGAUGUAGAUACAAAGUACGGCUUCUGUCCCAGUCCAGCUGAUGCUGUGAUUGGUGGCAAUUCUAAUGGCAAGCAGUGUACAUUUCCUUUCAAAUUCCAAGACAAGAUGUAUAGCGAGUGUACCACCGUUGGACGAUCAGAUGGGAAGCCAUGGUGUGCAACCACCAGUAACUUUGAUGUAGACAAAAUGUGGGGCUUCUGCCCUGAUGCUGGAUACAGUCUAUUUUUAGUGGCAGCCCAUGAGUUUGGACAUUCUCUGGGAUUAGAUCAUUCAACUGUAAAAGAUGCCCUCAUGUACCCAAUGUACACAUACAAAGAAAACUUCAAGUUACCCAAUGAUGACAUUGCAGGAAUACAGUAUCUAUAUGGUAUGGCCAGUUCCAUUGAUCAAAAUCAAGUUCUAGAUUCAACAACAUUGGCACCAGUUUCAACAAUGGCACCAGAUUCAACAACAUUGGCACCAGUUUCAACAACAGUGGCACCAGUUCCAACAGCUGUGCUCACCACAACCACUGUUGAGCCGGCUAUAGAUAUCUGCAACGUGGAUAUUUUUGAUGCAGUUGCAAGUAUCAAGGAAACACUUCAUUUCUUCAAGAACGGAAAUGUCUGGAAAUUUGCAGCAACAAAGAAAAUUGUCAAAGGACCAAUUCCAAUUGCAAAGCUGUGGCCAAAAGCGCCUUCUAAAAUUGAUGCUGCAUUUGAAGAUGUAAAUAGCAAGGAAGUUUACAUUUUCUCAGGGCGAUCAUACUGGGUAUUUUCUGGCACCAGACUGCUGCAGGGUUAUCCCAAGGAUAUUAGGAAACUGGGUAUUGAUGACCAGGUGCAACGGAUAGUUGGUGGCAUUAUGUUAAACCGGAAAAAUGUGCAGCUGAUUGGUGGGCAGAAGGUCUGGAGGUUCAACAUGGAGACACAGAGAGUCGACAGGGUCAGCAAGAUUUAUGAUGAUUUUCUUCACGUGCCUAUUGAUUCCAAUAUUGUAUUCAUGCACCAAAUGAGCUUCUACUUCCUCCGUGAUAAGUAUUUCUGGAAAAUGGACAACCACUAUCGGGUUACUUACGUGGGAUAUAUCAUGAGGAACCUACUGAACUGCAAAGCACAAAAAUGAACUUCCAGACCAGCAUCCCCUGGACAAAGAAUUAUUCUGUAAUUUAUUGUGUUCAUGUUCUUGUGUUAUCUUUUCGCCUCGCAGCAUAAUCCUUGAGUUUUCUUUUGCUUUCAAUUUUACUGGGAGGUCCUCAAAGGAUAAAUAAAUUUAGGCCAAAACGUUAUCAAGGAGAAAGGUGAAAGUAUAAAGUAAAAUUGAAAUAUCAUUUAAAUAAAAGGAUUAAAUCAUUUGUAAAAUAUAAACUAAUUGCCUCUGAAGAAAGGUCUCGACCCGAAAUGUCACACAUUCCUUCACUCCAGAGAUGCUUCCUGUCCCGCUGAGUUACAUUCGCUUUUUGUGCCUAUCUUCGGUUUAAACCAGCAUCUGCAGUUCCUUCUUACACAAUUGACUGCUUAUUCAGGUUGAGUCAAUGUGCCUGCUGAACAGGCUGAAUCUGGAAUUAGAUUUGUAAUGCACUGUCUAUGUGAACCAAAGCUAUGUCACACAAUGGCAGCCUUGUACAAUUGUGAAGCAGAUACAAAUUAAUAUAGAUUCUUUAUAGGAUGUAAAAAACAAUCCAUGUGAUUAUCAGUGGAAAAUAUUGUUCAUGGUGUUAUCAAAUGUAAUGUAUCAUGGAAUUCAAACAUGUCUUCCUUGGUGGACAGUGGGGGAAAUUUGUAUCCUGUAACCACGGCAAGUUAUCUUGCACAAAUUCAGAUUAUUAUAUAUUAUUUAUUCAUUUUUCUGUUUAUUUUUUCCACUGUGGAAUAAUUUUGAGAAAUUUCACGUGGCUAUUUGUCAAUGAGAAAAUCUAGCCGUUGAUCGGUAUAAGUGCAUUGCAAUUACAGCCAGCCCUUUGUGUAUGUCAAUGGUGUGGCUCUGCAUCCAUCCGGUGAUAAUUUAUUGCCAUUAUUUAGGCCAUGAAAUAGCUGGCCAUGAAAUAAAGUGAGUCAGUAGUCAUUGCUAUGCCACGACUGCACAAAACAUAGAAAAGAGGUCUAAAUCAUUUCAACUUUCCUUGUACAACUUUCUCUGGCUCUUGGAUUCGACAAUAUGGAACUUCAUUUGUCUCUCCAACAAUGCUAAUUUUCAACUCAGCUCAUGGAGGGAAGGACAACAGUGGACCCCCAGGAAUUCACUGGGGUCCCGAGUUCCUCAGUAGAUUCUGAGGCUGAGAAGCUUCCAUUGCAUCUUGUUAAUAACAUUGCAUAAUUAAAACACAGUUCAAGACUGUGAAGAUGGUUUAUCUGUCAUGCCAGUUGUUUGUUAAGUUGUACGUGGAUUCCACUUCGCUCAGCAUUACUGAGUCCAAUAUCAGUAUUUUAAAAUAAAACUGUUUUAAUACUAGUUAAUUUAAAUUUUAAACAAUGUAAUUGAAGAUAAAUUAUGUUCAUUUUCAAUACUUUUUUGUAAAUAAUAAACCUUGUUGAACUUCUGAA